UACGUCCUACUGCCCGUCUGCCWCACAUAUUAUUUAAUAUUUAUUAAUUUAUUAUAGAUAUACAAUUUUAAACGAGUAUUUGAAUAUACGGAAUAUAGCUAGAAAUAAUUAUGUAAUUUUCAUUUUGAGAUUCUAAAAUUGUCCGAGUAUUUGAUGUUUCUUAUGAAACUUUAAUUCUUAAAUUUGUCAAUUGGCGUGCAAAAAUAGYGCUAAAAUGUGAAGGACCAUUGACAGUAAUCAAGUAAGAAUCGGACUACUACAGACCAAAUGGCAUUAAUAUCAACCUACAAAAGCUCGAUUCGUGCGUAAAUCCAUCUCAUAAUGUCUGCUUCGCCGAGGCCCAAAGGAUUAAAUACUUCAAAUGUAGGAAAGUCCUCUCCGGCUCGUGAAGUGGAUGUUUAUGCUGGCUUGCCUGCGCAAGGGCACAGCGGUAAUCUGACUGGGAACCGUCGUAUACUAAAAGACACAGCAGCAGAUAUCUUCAAUCGUAUACAACAUUGGAAAGUCCUUCAAGACAGGGGAUGUGUUGUGAUAUCGAAUAUAUUCAAUUUACGAAUGGAAACGUGUGUAUAA